CUAAAGUUUCUCAUACUAGCGUCAGCUGAGUAGAGUAGGGUUAUGUUUUCUAUUGCAUUCCAGUAUUUCUUCUUUGUAAUUUGUAUACAAUCUUUUUUGUUUUUGAGUAUCAUGUUAUAAUUUCUCUUUUUCAACAUGUCUAACAUAAAACAUGAAAGUUCUAGUAGUAGUGACGAGUCAUUAGAUGUGACUUCCAGUAAGUUUGAUGCCAUGAAAGCACUUUAUUCAAACAAAGUCAAACUUCCAGUACCUAGUGCAAAACCUUUUGAUAAUAUGGCAAAAUAUGAGAGUAUAGCUAAGCGUUUAAGAGGUGAAUUACCGGAAAUGAAACCCAUAUCGAAUGAAGAAACUGCAAGCCAGUCUGAUUUGGAAACUGCUGGCACAAGUCAAUCGCAGACAUCAAGAGUCCCGAAAGAAGAAUACCAAAGAUUUUUGCCACAUCAACAGAUGGUCCGCGGCAAGGCCAGGAAAGCCGCCUCCAACUUGCUGACGCGCAUGGCCGCGGCGCCGCCGCCUCUCCAGCGGCUGCGGCAGGCCGCCGCCAGCAACCCGCGCUGCAGAGUGAGGGUGGUGACGCGCAACGAGCGCGGCGUGCACGGCCGCCUGGAGGGCUACGUGGUGCUGUUCGACAAGCACUGGAACCUGGCCAUGGCCGACGUCACGGAAGUCUUCUACCGGACCGCGCCCCGCAGAGCCAAGGACUUCUUCGUGGGUAGGUGACCCCCAGGCGGUUUC